AGACUUCUCUCAAGCUUGUCGCCUUCUGCCACGAGGAAACUGGUUGCUGGCCAAGUGCCCCGCCGUACAAUGAUUGAGUCCUAUUCUGAGCGAGCAAGGUAAUUCAAGCCUCGUUCUCCAUUCUCACGCAGAAGUUUGGUACUCAGUUCAGCUACUUAAGUUACGUGACUAGGGUCUCGUUCUUACUCUCAGCUCGCUUUUUCGUUGAGUUUUUUCCCCCCUUCUCUAGCAGCGCGAGUUCAUUACGAUGUUGACCUUCCUCAAGUCCGCUGGUGUUCGCAUGUCGGUUGCGACCACUACAGAGCCAUCCAAGGUCAAGCAGGCAGACCUUGAAGCUGCCCCCACAGUUCCGGUGCCAGACGCAUCUGCGGCCGCAGACGUUGCUUCCAUUCAUUCAGCCAACUCGUCCUCUUCGUUGAAUUCAUCUACUUCGAAAUCCUCCCAUACAGAUGCCUAUGGAGCACCCUCAAAUACGGGUACUCCUCAAGCAGUCAGCCGGUCGCUCACGCCUGUGCAGCCCCAGUCUGUGCCCUUGCCACAGUCAUCUGUGCAGUCACUUUUAGUCCCUCCUAGCUCCGAGCGAGGUCCUGCUGCUGAAUCCGCAGGAAACUCCUCCCUGGGGGUGCCGGGUGCGAGUCCUUACCCCAACGCUAAGACUGGGAAGGACCUUCGUCGUUUUUCCUUCCGCUCAUUUUCCUUCCUGCGCACUGAGUCAAAACUUACUCAGUCGGAGGGCAAGCAUUCCCAGCACUCUGAAUCUAUUCACACACAGCAUCACGCGCUAUCCAAGGUGCAUGAAAAAGAGAAGAAAUCACGUGCUGGCAAGGCAUUCACGGUUCGUGCGCUGCAGUCCAAGGCCUCUGAUAGGCGUGCCAGGGAUACCGCAGCCAUGAUUCGUUCUGUCAUCGUAGGAGACCAUGAAAUGGUGGACGGCACAGUAAAGAGGUCAAAAUCGCUCUCUAAAUCUGACCUAGUGCGUAUCAAAUCGCAGCUUCUCGAGCCGAAAUCGGCCUGCAAGAUUAUUGGCCACCUGCACGCAAUGUCUGCAUCGUCAAGAGAUGUGGGGUCCGCUGAUACUGGGCUAAUCCAUGCAGUGUGUCUUGACGCGAUCGAUAAGGACGUCCACGAGCAACACUUUGUGCAACUUGGCUCAGUCGCUACUGCAACAGUAACUGCGGCAUCUGAAGCGAUGGCCAAUGUGCACCUCAUCGACCUUCUCGCUGCCCCUGACAUGGGUUUCGGCGCGCCAGCAUCAUCGCCAGGACUUCUGGCAGGUGCCGUUCCCAGUGCAGAAGCUAUCAUUGAUGGCCUUCAGCAAAUAACACCGCAGUUACUUGCACUUGGCUACGCGACAAGCAAGGCAAUUUUGCCGGAUCACAAGGGUGUUGUCGUGCCCACAGAUCGUCUCUCUGUUUUGACGUACUGGUGGGGCUUUGAAAUCUGCAUGCCGCCUCCCACUAUCGAGCAUCUCGGUGCAGCAGCCUAUCCAGGAACUGCUUUGCUCAAUCUGCUAACUGCAUUGUCGCUGGUCAGCCCCGGAGUCCGCGAAGUAUUGCCAUUCGUUCGCUUUAUCGCUCAGUACGUGCAAACUGAGUGGCACAUGAUCAAAGCAGCCGAUAAGGGUAAGGGAGUUGUUUGUUGUGCUACCUGGAUCAUGCCAGCGGCGAUGAAUCCUCGUCCGUGGGAUUUCGCUGACCCGCCUCCUGCAACUAUUGUAGUUAGCCCAGGAGCAAACCUUGCACCUACUGCGUCAAGGCCUACUACAAUUGCCGCCACGCCCAAGCCUUCCGUUGAUGUACCACGCGCCUCGUCUGCUUACUCCAGCGAAACUGGCGAGGAGGGGGCACGACACGGGAUAUCAAGUGACCCUCCUGUUCUCCCAGAGCUCAAAGUCAGUUCCCCUGCGUCGAACGAAGGCGCAACUUCCAUCGACCUUCAAGUCCACAAGCCUUCUGCGGAUGUUCCCAGGGAUAUCGAUUCUACUGCUCUGUAGUCAUUUUCGCUAUCUUUCUCGUCACGACCCAUCACGAUCUUCUUAAUCUGUUGUCUCGCUUGUUGGACAUCGCCUCGGCUGUUUGAUACCCAUUUUCCAUUUUUUUUUUUUUU